UCACUUUCUCUCUCAGACCCACUCUUUAACAACUCUCUCUCUCUCAAACAAGUAAAGUAACUACUAACUACUCUACUCUGCCUCCUCCGCUCUUAACUAGAAUCAAACCGACUAUUUAUUUAUUUCAUUAAUUAUAAUUUAUUUAAUUUAAGAAACGGCAAAAUAGCUUUCCUGGUCAUUACCAUCGUUGCCUAUCUUUUCCUGGUCUCUCUCACAGUCACCCUCGUCGUCGCCGCCAAGCUCGUUCGAACCGGGAAACCUUCUCUCGUACCUCGCCAGCCACGUGGCGGCAUUGUGGACUGCAGUAUGGCGACCAUGGAGAGCUUGAUUGGACUCGUUAAUCGUAUUCAGAGGGCUUGUACUGUCCUCGGUGACCAUGGCGGUGACUCUACUUUGCCAACUCUUUGGGAAUCUCUUCCUUCUGUUGCCGUCGUUGGCGGCCAGAGUUCUGGAAAAUCGUCUGUUUUGGAGAGCAUCGUUGGCCGUGAUUUUCUUCCCAGAGGAUCAGGAAUUGUCACUAGGAGACCGUUAGUUUUGCAGCUGCACAAAGCAGAACAAGGUGUACAAGAGUAUGCAGAGUUCCUUCAUUUGCCAAAGAAAAGAUUCACUGAUUUUGCUAUGGUUCGGAAGGAAAUUCAGGAUGAAACUGACAAAAUGACAGGGAGGUCGAAACAGAUUUCUUCAGUCCCCAUUCAGCUCAGUAUUUUCUCCCAAAAUGUUGUCAAUUUGACUUUGAUUGAUUUGCCUGGUUUAACAAAGGUUGCUGUAGAAGGACAACCUGAGAGUAUUGUUGAAGACAUAGAAAACAUGGUUCGCUCCUACGUUGAGAAGCCUAAUUGUAUCAUUCUGGCCAUAACUCCAGCCAAUCAGGAUAUAGCAACAUCUGAUGCUAUCAAGCUUGCUAGAGAAGUUGAUCCCACAGGUGACAGGACAUUUGGUGUGUUGACAAAGCUUGACUUGAUGGAUAAAGGAACAAAUGCUUUGGAUGUUCUUGAAGGAAAAUCCUAUCGUCUUCAACACCCUUGGGUUGGUAUAGUGAACCGUUCACAAUCCGAUAUAAAUAAAAAUGUGGAAAUGAUUGCUGCUCGGCAUAGGGAGCGUGAAUUUUUUGCCAGUAGUCCUGAUUAUGGACACUUGGCAAACAAAAUGGGAUCUGAAUAUCUUGCAAAACUUCUUUCAAAGCAUUUAGAAUCUGUUAUUAAAGCUCGUCUCCCAGGAAUUUUGUCUUUGAUUAACAAAAGUAUUGAUGAAAUUGAAAGAGAGAUGGACUAUCUUGGUCGGCCUGUUGCUGUAGAUGCUGGGGCACAGUUAUAUACUAUCCUAGAGCUAUGUCGUGCAUUUGAUCGGAUAUUUAAGGAGCAUUUGGAUGGAGGACGACCUGGUGGUGAUUGUAUUUAUGGCGUAUUUGACCAUCAGCUCCCUUCUGCUUUGAGGAAGCUCCCUUUUGAACGUCAUCUUUCGUUUCAAAAUGUAAGGAAAGUGGUUUCUGAGGCAGAUGGCUACCAACCUCAUCUAGUUGCACCCGAGCAAGGUUAUAGGCGCCUUAUUGAUAGUGCACUUAAUUAUUUCCGAGGCCCGGCUGAAGCCUCCGUAGAUGCUGUUCACUUUGUUUUGAAGGAGCUUGUGAGGAGGUCGAUUGGAGAAACUAAGGAGCUAAAACGGUUUCCAACACUUCAAGCUGAAUUAGCAGCGGCCGCAAAUGAAGCACUGGAGAGGUUUCGGGAGGACAGCAAGAAGACAACUUUGCGAUUGGUAGACAUGGAGUCAUCAUAUCUAACUGUGGAAUUCUUCCGUAAACUUCCUCAGGAAAUAGAGAAGGAGGGAAACCAAGUUGCCUCCUCUUCUGGAGACCGAUAUUCAGAGGGGCACUUCCGCAGGAUUGGAUCCAAUGUUUCCUCCUAUGUUGGGAUGGUUUCAGAGACACUGAAGAAUUCCAUUCCGAAGGCUGUUGUUCAUUGUCAAGUCAGAGAGGCUAAGCAGUCUCUACUUCAUCACUUUUACGCUCAACUGGGCAGAAAAGAGGGUAAGGAACUUGCUCAACUGUUGGAUGAAGAUUCAACAUUAAUGGAAAGGAGGGUGCAAUGUGCAAAGCGGCUUGAGUUGUACAAGUCUGCCAGGGACGAGAUUGACUCGGUAUCGUGGUCCAGAUAAGGUGCAAUCCAAGUGUAACCCAAGAAAGAAACUUGUGUAUGUUAAUAGCUAGUUGUAGGGUGUGGCGAACGUUCUAAAAAUGGUUCCUUUUUUUUGCUAUAUUUUCGCUAAUAGGGUUUAUUCAAUACCCAAUUUUCUUAAUUGCAUGUAAAUGAUUUGAGAUUUUACAUAUUAGUUCAUUAAUUUUCUUCA